GCCUGACAACUUCCGCUAAGCAACAAGACAAAAAAGCUACUCUCACAUUUAGCAUGUGUAGCUGUCCAUGUUCUUCUUAAUCUUGACAAAGCGUCAUGUCUUUUGCUUUUACUCCAAUUUAUUGACUUUACAAAACACUAUCACAACCUACUUUGCUUCUGCAACAUGGCAGCUGCUGUCAUGGAUUUGCGCACGGCGCUGCAGUUUCUCGGCCUCUCAGCUGAGGAAGCAAACUACGAGGAUGCUGUGCGCUCCGCAUGGAGAGCGCGGGCUCGCGAUUGCCACCCGGACAAACACACGGGUAAGGAGGAGGAGUUUCUGCAACUGCAGAAAGCGUUGGAACUGGUAUCAAAGGCACGAGAGAAUGGGCUUUUCAAUCUGGGUUCUGGCACAAAAGGCGGCGUGGCGGCUACAACAGAUGGUAACUACGCUAGCUCCAGGCCACGAGGGCACCCGCAGCAGGCGAAUGCGACGCAGCACGCCGCGACUGACCCGACCGCGGAAGGAGGAAAGGUGAUGAAGAGAUCGGAGCGUCUGGAUAAACAAGUGUUCGGGACCCAAUUUGGCUCGGACAAAAUCGACUUCCGUUUUUUCCAGCCACCGCCCAGAGGACUUCUAGGGGGGACGCAGCGUGGUCUCUCGCUUCCAAUCGGGGCCUCCAGCACCCAGGAGCUGAAGAGACUGACCGCGGGAUACAAUCAUGACGAACUCGCUUUGGAAAAACACCAAGCCGCAAGUUCGGCACAGCAGGAGCUGGAUUUGGUGCGGCAGACCGAAGAACAGCCCGUGGAACCACCAAUGCUACAGGUGGUGUGGCGGUGCACGCUCUGCGAACCGGCAAGCAGUUCGACGUGCUGCCGACUGAAGCCGAAGAAGGCGCUGUGCAUCUGCGGACACAAACUCGAAGACCACAACAGUACUUGCGGUUCCAAGUGCAAGAAGUGUCCCUGCAAGGGCUUUCAGUUCCACGUGCAGCAGGGUGCCUGGGAGGUGCGGUGCAGUUGCAAGCACAAGCGGUCCGACCAUAAGCCAACCGGGAAAUAUAACGCGCAGGGGCUGGAAAUUUUCGCGUGCCAGGGUCACGUCCCGGGGCAGCGGAACAAAAAGUGUCCGUGUAAGUGCUUCGAGGCCAGCUGGGUGUGCAACUGCGGGCACCCUUGGUCGGCGCAUGAGACGGUGGUGACCGUAGUGCCCAACCGGGCGCUAUUCGGCCGCGAGUGGGUCGCGGGCGGGCUCCGCGUGGAAUGCGUGGAGAUAGCGGAACAGGCCCGCGACAAGUGGGCCGGACAAGCGGCAGAGCAAGUAGCCAUGGGCGCACUAAAUCCGGAGGAAGCAAUACAGAAGGCUGCUCGAUUCACCGAAAGGUCAGACUGAUUUUUUUGGGGCCGUUGAACUACUUCUGGUUCUGUCCGCAUCAGGAAAGUGCGCCGCCCGUGAUGAUUCGUCAGUUGCAUCAGUUGCUAGUCUACAGAUGUAUGAGCAAAUAGUGCUUGACGUACCACUAGCCAGUGAAUUUCACAAAAAAACGACACGCUUCCUUCAGGUUGAAACUGUCGCGUGUAGCCGAAGCGAAAAUGCAGGAGGCCGUCGAGGAUCUCACGGGCCAGCUCGAGGCACCACCGCGCUACAUGAAGGUGAUAUUUCCGAAGCAGGGCAUUGCGUUUCGUACGAAGCCACAGUUCGACGCGAAAAGCAGUUUGGUGGCAAGUAAGGACCAGAUUUUUCUGGGACAAGUGUACUCUAAGUGGUUUCGCGUAUUGGACUCUGCAGACACCAACUCUGCACCCCUUCCGCGUUCGGACAACCCGCUGUACCUGCCAUUGUACACGCCCGACGGAAAACACACAAUCCUGGAAGAGGUCCCCCGGCUACCUGCCGCGAUUAGUGACGACGCGGGGCAGCUGGAAACCGACGAAGAGGAACUGCACUGUGUUCCUGCUGAAAUUGAAGACUAUCAUCUGGACAGCUCGGAAAGAGGAUCUGCAGGGCGAGAGAAAAGACAGCCACUAGGUACAACUACCUCGCAGGAGCGGAGCGAUAGGCGCGCCCCUUCGGUUGGUGCUAGUACUGGUCCGGGCAAACAAGACGAAGCCGGGGCCGCAGUGAGCAAUUUUCCCUGCGCUGACGGCGAAAACGGCACCGCCUUCGUGUCGACUGACGAGGUCCACGCGAACCAGGCCACACUACCCGGGAACAACCAGCAAAAUGCUCAUUCGACGGGGGUAGCACCAUCUGGAACCCGGUCCAUUUCCUCGGCAACACGGUCGCGGACGAGCUCUUUUUCGCAACGAAUGAGUUUCGCGUCGUACUUCGAAAAGAACGCACGUCUUUUCUCCUCUCUCGACGAACCGGAGCACCAGCUCGGACAGGCAAGUGCUAUACCUGUUGCGUUUUUUGCAGAAUGUUAAUGUUUCUGCGUCGCACUCCGUGUGAUAGUGAUAGGCACAGACUCAAUCAUCCACCGGCACACGGCAUUUUGUCUGCUAUGUACAACAGGCCCAAUAUUAAAACUCUAUUUGAACAAAUAAUCCUAUCAGGAAACCGGGUCAUCGGCGAUUCCCGGAACGCGAGAGAGUGGAACUCUACCGCGCUCCAUUGACAAUGUAUGCGACGACGCGGACGAAAUUUCAGAAGAACAAUUUGAGAUCCGCGACGCGGCUCGCGGCGACGACGUUGAGGACGACCGCGAGGCGCAAGCCCGUGCGUCCCUCUGGAAACCGCUGACCGCCGCCGAGCAGGUAGUGCAAAGACCUCCACACGAGGACCAUGCCGAUACGCCGAAGAUUCUCCGCGAAAACAUAUUGAAAGUGUUUUCCCCUGCAGCGCCACCAGACCUCUCCCCGGAGUGCAGCGGUCCGCCGAGCGAGGUGGAGGAAGACGUGUUUUCGCAGCACGGCGCGGCAUCGGACAAGGAAUCAACGCCAAAAAGUUUCCUCGUCCCCGCAGCGUCUUCCUCUUCGCGGGCACCACACGACGAGCUGCGCCCUGCGCAGAAAAUCCUUUACGGCAACCGCGAGUUGCGCAACGAGCUUGCUUUCUCGCAGGAUUCCAACCACAUUGUGCGCAAACUGUCCAUUUCGUCGCCCGCCGAUGAUUGUGGCACGGGGAGCGCAGGGUUGAACUACUCGCGGUGUGCAGCCGUGAGUCUCAACGCUGGCCAGGUGGCGCCAAAGCUGACGCUGUUGAAGAAGAAAAUUAGAACAAACACAAAAGGCGGAUAGAAAAGAGAAGCGCGAAUGAAACCAGCGCGCCUGCCGUGCUAGAAGGUCGAG